AUGGAUACUCCCUCAUCGUCUUUUCAUUCUUCCAACUCGACGACGACGUCUCCUGGCAAACGUACACAUUCGAGGACUUCAUACGAAGAACAACCGUACCACUGCUUGAAUAACUGUGGUCGAACUUAUAAAUAUAGACAGAGUAUGAUGUUGCAUUUCAAAUUCGAAUGUGGCAAAGAGCCUCAGUUCAAGUGCACAUUCUGUAGUAAAAAAUUCGCUCAUAAAGGCAACUACACGAACUCGAUGAACUUAAUCGAUGGAAAUGGCAUUCAACUGGAUUCUAAUUUACCGUUUUUGUUGAGUGGUAGCUCCUCUUCUGUGUUCGCUUGCCCAAAUAAUUGUGGCAAAGUGUACAAGUACAAAGGGAACAUGAUGCUGCACUUUAAACAAGAAUGUGGUAAAGAACCAGCUUACGUUUGUAAAUUUUGCCAGAAGAAAUUCACCAAAAAAGGAAACCUCAAAACGCAUCUGGGAUUGAUCCAUAAUAGCUUGGAUUUGUGA